AUGGCUGGCCCCGCGUCUCCCAACGAAGGUCCUACGUUCGAACCACCCCAACUCCCUCCCGGAUGGAUAGCUCAGUGGGAUGGUGCAAGCAAAAAAUAUUACUACGUUCAACUCUCGACAGGUGUUUCCCAAUGGGAGACCCCAACGCAAGCUGCGCCGGGAAACACGCCUGCUCAAGUCAAUGAGCACCCGUACGGAAUACCUGGCCAACAAGAACUCAUUACACACCCGGAUGGCACACAAACUGUGAAACAUCCAGACGGCCGUAUGGAACCCGUAUUGCCGACCGAGAAUACUCGAGGAUUCGAUGGGCCGUCUGGCGACAGGGGACUCGGUAGUUUUGCAGCCAACACGUUACUUAGUCAGUUCUCGGGAGGCCAUGGAAAGCCGCAGAGCGGUAGUAGUCAUGGAUCAAGUGGCCUUGGAGGUCUUGCUGGCCAACUAAUUGGCGGCCUCAGCGGGAGCCACGGUAGCAGCCACGGAAGUUCUUCUGGUGGACAUAGCGGAGGUGUUCCUAGCCAGCUCGUUGGUCAACUUGCAUCAAACCUAUUUUCCUCCGGCAGCAAGCCUCAGAAACCGCAGGAUUAUCAUGGAGGACAGUCGCACCAACCACAGUCCUCAGGCGGUCACUCAGGAGGGCACUCGGGUGGCCUUGCUGGCUCUGUGAUGGGAGGUGUUGCAAAUAUAUUCGGGGGAGCGCAUCAACCAGGUCAGAACUAUGGUUAUUCGAAUUCGGGCCAUGCAGGCGGAUACAAUGGCCAGGCUCCUCCGACGUCUUAUCAACCCCCGAGUGCAUCAACGCCGGCGUAUAGCGCUCCGUCUCAUCAACAGAGCUCUCCUUCAUAUCACGCUCCUUCUGGUCAACAUGGAACACCACAAUAUCCCCCUCCACCUGGCCAGCAUGCCGCAACGUCAUAUCCUCCGCCUCCCGGCCAGGUGGUAGGACACCAAAAUCCCUCUUACCAUAGCCCGCCGCCUACUUCGCAGCAUCAAAACCCAUCUUAUGGUGGUGGCCCACCUUCGGCCCAUUCAAGUUAUGGACAUAGUCCAACCCCUCAAGCAAAUAUCUAUUCACAACAACCACAAUACACGUCACCACCGCCACAUCAACCCCCAUACAGCAGCCACCAACAGUACCCCCCGCCUCCGUCCACAUAUGGUAAUCGACCGUACAAUGUGUCACCUCCAUCUUCGGGCCCCCAUGGGUACGCGGGACAACCCUCAUAUGCAAAUGCUGGACCGCCAGUUCCUUCAGGGACACAUCCCCAUGCUCAGUCUGGAUAUCCAGGUACUUGGUAA